UACAUCUGUGCUGUAGACAUGAAGUUCAGAACUUUACAUCACGGAGGGGAAAUCAUUUGACUGCAGGAGGAAGAAAAAGCCAAAAUGAAGCUGCUGGUGUUCAUGACGUUCCUGCUGGUCUCUGCUCUGGCUGCUCCUGUUCCAGACAGUGACAGCGAUGAGGCCGAUCCAGCUGCAGUAGCGGUGGUGGACUCUGCACAACCGGUUGAAGCUGCUCCUGCUGCUCCUGCUGCUCCUGCUGCUCCUGCUGCUCCUGUUGGUGAAACCUCAGAGGAGGAGGCAGAAGAAGGAAACCACGCCCCCAAAGCUGCAGCAGCCGGCGCUGGUGCUGCCCCCCUGAACUCUGAUGAAGUCGAAGAGGCUGAAGAGGCCGAGGCCGAGCCAGCCGUGGCUGAAGAAGAAGCAGCAGCAGAGCCGGCUGCAGAGCCUACAGCAGCUGUGGUCGACGUCCCCGUAGAUGCUCCAGUAGAUGCUGCUGCUGCUGCCGAUCCUGCUGCUGUAGAUGUUCCUCCUGUCGAUGUGGUUCCCGAUGUCGCGCCAGCUGCCCCCGAGGUGGCUGUCGCAGCCGAUCUCCCUGCCCCUGCUGAUGCCGCAGCCGCCCCUGUGGCAGCGGAGGCUGUAGACGUGACCCUGGUGGAGGCAGAUCCAGUUCCACAGUAGUUACCUUCAUUUCAUUUCCUCAGUGUUCUCAACUGCAGAAAGCAGUUGAGCUGCAUCAAGUAUAAAAGACGUGACGUGAAUAUAUAUGUAAAUGUGAGUCUUUGUGGGAUGAGAGACGGCGUGUGACACUGGAAACUUAAACUUGACUUUGUAAUCAUUUUGUCUGUUUUGAAUAAAAUACAUUUUGCAG